AUGAAGUUUGGUAAAUACUUGGAGGAGAACUAUGUGCCAGAAUGGCGCGAUAGAUAUAUCCAGUAUAAGAGGAUGAGAAAGAUGAUAAAGAAGUUCAAGGUAGAGUUGGAUCAGUUCAAGAAUGGUGAUUAUGAUGACGAUCGUUCAACACCGACUUCUGCACCAAGUCGUCAAGAGACAACUUCAUCAUCAACGACAACCAACUUGGACGAGAACUCCAACACCCACGCGCCAACACUACCACAAACACCAUCACUUCGUCGAAAUCUAUCGAUGCGCUUCACUUCAGCGCUGACUUCUGGCUCGGACAACCACAGCCCUCUGCGUCCUUCAUCGGCCACGACCUACGCCAACCUUGUCAAACGAAGCGGACUUGGUGGCACGACUGGCGUCAACACACCAUUCAUGGGCGAUCAGUCACAAGGCCUAUCGAUCGAUUCUGUCACUAAUGGCGAUCUUCAGAUGGCAUUUGCCAACGCGUUGGCCAAUAGUACAGGCGUCAACAAGCCAAAACCAGUGUUCCCGCUUCAUUCUCAACAUGUUGUCCAAAGAUUGAUUGAAAUUCAAUCGGAUAUUGUCGAGCAGGUGAUGGAUGAAGCCAAGAAGAUCAACGAAUUCUAUGUGGAGCGCGAGAAGGAGGCCAUUGAGAGAUUCAACAAGAUAUACAGCCAGGUGCAUCAUCUCAUCAAACAAAGGAAUGAGGAGAAGAUUGAGAUGGAGUCGUCACCGCCAUCCUCCCCACGAGGUGCAAGCGGAACCAAUGGAGGCGUGGCUGGGAAUGGUGACACAAGUAGCAGUGGAGACGAGAAGAAUACCGUGGUGAUCACAAUCCCAGACAACGACAACAAUCAGGCAGAGCAAGCAUCGGACCGAACUCAUAGUUCUUCGACCAAGGAGGACAAGAAACAUCUGUUGACUGGGGGCGAUGACGAUAGCGAUAGCAGUGGCGACGAGAACAAUGAUAAUAUCAACGCGGAUGGAGACUCCAAUGGACAGGAUGCAGUGAUAGAGAUGACAGAGGUCAGGACUGGAAAUGUGAUGUUGGAUAAGCUACUGGUGACCAUUGAGCAGGAUAUGCUUCAGCCACUCAAUAUCAAGGCAAAGAAAUGGUUGAAGCUUGGAAAGAAGAAGAAGAGCAAGGACAAUGAGUCUGUCAUCAAGGAGUUGCUUCAAGAGUUCUAUCGAUACCUUAUCCUAUUGAAGAACUACAAAGUUAUCAACUACACUGGCCUUGUCAAGAUCAUCAAAAAGGCCGAGAAGAACACCGACCUGGUACUCAAUGCCAAGAUGAUCGACACGAUCAACGGAUAUCAAUUCAAGACAUCCAAAUUAGUCGACAAACUGUCUGGAUCAGUCGAGAAAUUGUACUCUGAUGUGUUCUGUCAUGGCAAGUUGAGGGAUGCGAGAAAGAACCUGCGGCACAAACAAGCGGUCGAGCAGACAAAGGGUGCAACGACAUCCUCAACAUUCUUUACCGGAAUGUGUGCGGGAUGGACAUCGGCAAUACUCUUGCUCAUAUACUUUGUGCUCUAUACUGGCGAGUAUAGUGACUUUGUUCGAUUCUCCGUAGUCUACAACUUGUUUGUAACACUUGGCCUCACGAUACUGUGGGCGCUGAUGUUUGGCAUCAACAUCUACAUCUGGACCAAGACACAUGUUCACUACUCCUUCAUCUUUGAGCUGAGCAAGAACACCCUCACCUACCACAAGGUGUUCCAGGCUGUGACCGUGCUGUCUGUUCUCUGGAUUACAUUCAUUGGCAUAUACAUGUGGAAGUCGAUGGGCGAGUUCCCCUUCCCAUGGGUACCUCCCGAGUUCACUCCCCUGGUGCUGUUCAUCAUCUACAUUCUCAUCCUUAUAUGUCCAUUCAACAUCUUCCAAUUAGAGAUACGAAAGUGGUUCCUCAUCACCAUCUGGAGAGUUGUGACUGCACCUCUAAAGUCUGUCAAGUUUGCACACUUCUUCAUGGGUGAUCAACUCUCCAGUUUAGUCCUGAUGAUGGUCCAAAUGAGCCAAUUCAUCUGUUUCUACUCAGUCGAUGCCUACCAUCCUCCAGACGAUUCAAUCUGUCCUCAAAAGGGUCGUUAUAUCAAUCCAUUCAUUUCUGGAUUGCCAGCAUUCUGGCGAUUGAUGCAGUGCUUUAGAAGAUAUAAGGAUAGCAAGGAUAAGGUACAUUUGAAGAAUGCUUUAAAGUACUUCUUAUCCAUCGUUGUAGUAUUCUUCUCUGCCAUGGACUCAUUCUACUCACAUGGAUGGUCAUCACCAACUCGAAUCAUAUGGUUAAUAUCAGGUCUAGUCAACAGUUCAUAUUCAUACUGGUGGGACUUGUUUAUGGAUUGGUCAAUAUUGGUAAAGCCAAAGACUUCGACUUGGAAUCCAUUCAAGUAUACAUUGAGGAAGAAGAGGAUGUAUAAUCCAACGUUUGUCUAUUAUAUUGCCAUUGGUACCAACUUUAUAUUUAGGAUGACUUGGUCACUUACCAAAUCAUUGGCACAGCUCACAUUCAUACUGCCAUCCUACAAGUUGGUAGUGAUCAUUGCAAUCCUAGAAGUACUACGUCGUGGCCAAUGGAAUGUCUAUCGAUUGGAGAAUGAGCACAUCAACAACUGUGGUCGUUUCAGAGCAACGCGUGACAUUCCAUUGCCUUAUGAGAUUGACUCUUAA